AUGACUUACUCGUAUUUUUGGGCGUCUUUAUUUUGUAUUUAUUACCAAUUACUUCUAGGGCACACAUGGGUUGUUAAUAAUUUGCUUAUGACUGGACCUAAGGCGUAUUUAAGCUACACGAGUAGUGUUUUGGCUGGAGCACAGAGUGGAAUGCAGGAGUGUAAGCACCAGUUUGCAUGGGACAGGUGGAACUGCCCAGAGAGCAAAUUUCAUCUCUCAACUCACAAACGCCACAGGACUGCAACUAGAGAAGCGUCGUUUGUCCAUGCAAUCAGUGCAGCUGGAGUUAUGUACACACUGACCAGAAACUGCAGCCUUGGGGAUCUGGAUAACUGUGGAUGUGACCAUUCCAGAAAUGGCAAACUUGGGGGUCGUGGGUGGCUUUGGGGAGGAUGUAGUGAUAACGUAGAUUUCGGAGAGAGGAUAUCCAAGCAAUAUGUGGACGCGUUUGAGACUGGACAAGACGCCCGAGCUGCUGUCAAUCUUCAUAAUAACGCUGCAGGUCGCCUGGCUGUAAAAGCAACCAUGAAAAGGAUUUGUCGAUGCCAUGGCAUGUCCGAGAGCUGCGCAAUGCAGACGUGCUGGAUGCAGCUGUCCGAGUUCCGCGAUGUGGGCAAUUAUCUGAAGGUGAAGCACGACCAGGCGCACAAGUUGGAGAUGGACAAGCGACGCAUGCGUGCUGGUAACAGCGCAGACAACCGCGGAGGCGCAAUGGCAGACGCUUUGAGCAGCAUCUCACGCUCCGACCUCAUCUAUCUGGAAGAUUCUCCUGACUACUGCGCCAAAAACCUUAGCCUCGGAUUGCACGGCACGGAGGGCAGGGAGUGCUUGCAGAGCGGAAAGAAUCUGUCCCAGUGGGAGAAACACAGCUGCAGGAGGCUGUGCCAUGAAUGCGGACUGCGCGUUGAGGAGGUGCGCACUGAGAUAGUGACCAGCUGCAACUGUAAGUUCCACUGGUGCUGCACGGUCAAGUGCGAGACCUGCACACAGGUUAUAGUGAAAUAUGUGUGCGCACGGAGACACGGUGGUCACGGACAUAACAGGCGCAAAUUUCGAGGACCCAAAUGACGCAAAAGACUUUUCUGCACUUUG